GCGGCUUACCCCAAGGGCCAAAGAGUCGAGGCCAAGUCGAGGCUCUGUCGUGGAACAUUCGAAUAAGACGGCGAUAUUCCCCAGCACACGAAUUCCGAAUUACCUGACAUGCGUUGACAGGGUCACUGUGGUGUUCCUGGAUAAUCCGUUGGCUACCAGUGGUCGAGAGCGGGUCUCUAGGGCAAAUCGCGCCGAAACUCCAUGACCCUGACAUGAGGCGGAGGACGGGGAAAAGCAGACCCAUAUCCGAAAACAUAUAAAAUGCUGCCUGCAUCAGCCAAUAUUCCCUCAGACCAGCACUUGCCCUCUGUUCUUCAUCUUUUCCACUCUCACUCAUCACCAUGCGCGCCUCCACCUUCGCUGCUCUCACCCUUGCUGCCGUCGUCGCCGCCGACCAAUGCAACACCGGUUCGGCUCAGUGCUGUAACUCAGUCAAGCAGGCUGAUGACGAGAGUCUCACCGGCAUCUUUGGCCUCCUCGGCAUCGUCGUGGGGGAAGUUACUGGCCAGGUCGGCGUUGACUGUUCGCCUAUCGGCGCUCUUUCCUCCGGCGGUGGUCAGUGCAACCAGCACCCCGUCUGCUGCACGAACAACACAUUCAAGGGCCUCGUCAACCUUGGCUGCUCCCCCAUCAACGUUGGUCUCUAGAGAUAGAUUUGGUAUAGAGUGGUUAUUAUUUGGCUUGAUACCUAUAGUCUCGCAUUCGAAUAAUACUUCUAUUUAACUUGGUAAUCGACUGGCC